AUGAGUAGGACGCCGAUUCUUGAAAUUGAACCCAAGGAACUGAAAUUUCUAUUUGAAUUGAAGAAGCAAAGUUCUUGUACCGUUCGGUUGACCAAUAACACCUUCGACUAUGUGGCGUUCAAGGUCAAAACUACGUCGCCUAAGAAAUAUUCAGUGCGCCCAAAUGUUGGAGUUCUCGAGCCCAAAGCUACUUGUGAAUUCAUAGUUACAAUGCAAGCCCAGCGGGAAGUACCUGAAGAUAUGGUGUGCAAGGACAAGUUCUUAAUCCAAAGCGCAGUGGUUCCUGCUGAAACAACCAGUGAUGAGGUUACUUCCAACCUGUUUGUUAAAGAUGGAAGUAAAUAUAUAGAAGAAAACAAGAUGAAGGUGACCCUGAUCAGCCCACCGAAUUCACCCCAUCUCUCUCCUAUUAAUGGAGACUUCAAGAAUGGUCUUGAGCAUGGAAAGGUUCAGAUAUAUAGUAAAGAUGAAAUCCAGUCCCCAGAGCCCAUGGUUCUUAAAAAUCCAGACAUGGGUCAUGAGGUAUUAAAGCUAGAAGAGGAUAUGGAAUUGAGGCCAGAUUAUUAUAUGGGGUUGGACACUAUGAAGGAUGUAGAGGAGCCAAAUGAAGAAACACCGCUAAAGGUGUCAAAAGAUAAGGAGUUGAACAUGGUUAAGGAUGUAGAAGAACUGAAACCACACAAAAAUUUAGAGGUAGAAGUGUCAAAAGAUGUGGAUUUGAGCAAUGUAAAGAAUGCAGAGGAGCAGAAACCAGAAAAAGCAACAGAGUUGAAAGUGUCUAAAGUUCUGGAUUUGGACAAAGUGAAGAACGAAGAGGAGCUGAAACCAGAGAAAGAAGCAGGGUUGAAAGUGUCAGAAAUUCAUAAUUUGAACCCAGUAAAUACUGUAAAGGAACUGAAGCCAGGAACAGAGUUAAAAAUGUCAAUGGAUCACGAGUUGAAAGAGGAACUGAAGCCAGAAAAAGGAAGAGAGUUAAAAUUGUCAGAAGAUAUGGAGUUGAAAACAUUAAAAAAUGUUGAGGAACUAAAGCCAGAAAAAGAAACGGAGUUAAGAGUUUCAAAGAGUAUAGAGGAGCUCAAGUUAAUGAAAGCAAUUGAAGAGAUGAAAUUAAAGCUCGAUGGACUUGAGUCAAAACUAAAUGAGUCUGGAAUUACAAUAUCAAAGUUAACAGAGGAGAGGAGGCUCAGCAAUCAAGAGACAAAAAUCUUGCAAGAAAAACUAACAGAUCUUAUUAAUAAAGGUCCAAGAAAAGUUCAAGUCGGAUUCCCACUUCUAUAUGUCUGUAUGGUGGCGCUUAUCUGUGUCUUCUUGGGAUACCGCUUACACUCGUAA